UUCAUCACUAGUUUCGAUGAAUUUUUUAUAUAGACAACCACACGGAAUUGUUGCUUAAAUUUGCUUUAAAUUAACACAAAUUGCUACGUCUAAGCACAAUACAUAAAGGCAAUACACAAAUAUUUUUAUUAAAAUGGCCGACGACUGGGAAUCCGCCGCCGACAGUGAAAUUGUCAUACGUCCGAAUGCAACUAACAAUAUAAACAAAUGGGAGGGCGAGGACGACGACGAGGAUGUUAAGGAAAGCUGGGAGGAUGAGGAGGAGAAAAAAGAUGAGGAGAAGCCCACGAAAACAGAAGCGCCAGUUAAAACUAAACCCAACAAGGCACUGAAAGCGAAAUUGGAGGAACAAGAGCGCCUAAACGAGGAGGAGGAACGGAAGCGUCUGGCCAACAUGACAGCCGAGGAAAAAUUAGCGGAAAAGCUGCGUUUGCAAAAAAUUCAAGAGGAAUCCGAUCUUAAGAGUGCCCUAGACACAUUCGGUGUGACGAGUAUAGGCGGCGGUCUCGACGCCUUCAAUCCGCAGAGUAAAGAGGAGUUCAAGGAAUUUGGUGCCACACUUAGCUGGAAGGUAGCACAGUACCGGGAAUCUGUACAUUUUCCAGAAUUUAUAGAGGAUCUGGUGCGCAGCUUAUGCGUAAACUUGAGCGCCGCUGACAUUAAGAAGGUCAAAAUGAGCGUGGAGAGCUUGCACUCGGAAAAACAGAAAAUGGAAAAAGCAAAUGCCAAGAAGUCAGCUGCCAAGGCCAAGGGAAAAGUUUCGUUGCGCAAAGAAAGCGAUGAUAUUGAUGACUAUCAAAAGUAUGGAAAUGAUUUUACCGAUGAUUACGAUGACUUCAUGUGAAUAAUAGGAUCAAUAGAUAAACGCAUAUAACUAAUUAUUGAAUACACAUAUAUAUAUAUAUAUAGUUGCUUGUUGAUGUCGAAGAGAGUUCUUCUUGUUAAAGAAAAUUGCGCUGGAAUUUAAA